GCGCAACGAAAGGAAAUCCGCAACUGGGAUAUACAUUGGCAGAUACACAAAACCAUCACAUUGCUGGUCAAAGUUCAAUAGGUCAACAAGACCACUCAACUGAUGACUAUCUCCUUGAAAACUUUGAUGUCGGCAGUCCCGAUAUUAAUAUUCUCGAUUACUGCGAUUUUGCAGCAUUAGGCCCAGAUAUAGACACAUUACUCAGCGAAUGGGAUCUUAGCCAAUUUGAUCUUUAA